AUGAAGGCCGCCGUCGUCUGCUUCUUGGCUCUCCUGGCUGUCGCCGCCGCCAGUGAGCCGGUCCCAUCCGGAAAGCCGCCGGCUCCAGGGGCUACUUCGGCCGCACCAGCACCCGCUGCAUCGAAGGCACCUGUCCCGGCGUCGCCAGCCCCAGCUUCCAAGGCCCCUGCUCCAUCCGCAGCCGCCCCUGCUGCCACUUCCGCGAAGCCAGCUGGUCGCCGUUCCGUCGAGAACUUCUGCCUGGUAUACGUGGGUUCGGCGGCCACCGUUAACUUGUGCCAUUUCUUUUGGGGUGUCCCUUGUGCUAUUUGGGAGCUCAACGAUAGCUUCGAAGCAGGGAGCCUCGUGUUUGGUUUCGUCGCCAAUGCUUCUGUAUGCUAUAUGUAUACAGCCAGGAUAAUCCUCUCCGUAAAUCGCCUACUUUCUAUUGCAUUUGAUGGUCGUUAUUACCGAUAUCUGGGCAAGGAUAGGACAACUUCACAAUUACCAUUCUUAAUACCGACGAUAUGCGUUAUUCCAAUGCUUAUUCCCGACUGCCACAUGACUUUCCUCACGGAGCCGCUCCUUGUUUUUGAUAGCGCAGGCGGGGACUGCGCGACGGAAUAUGUUUAUUGGCUUACGAUCCCCGCCGGUUACGGUACCAUAGCAACCACUGCACUUUGCGAGCUUAUCGUUUUAAUUUUAUUGGUGAAGAGGCAGGCGAGCAUCCCGGGUCGGCAGAGUCAACAUGGUCUGCGGAGGCAGUUCAGAUUUGCCGGGCAGCUGGUGACUCAUACCCUGUCUUCAAUGCUACUUACCGUGCUUUCAAAUAUUGCAUAUGGUGGUGGCGAGGACAUAUUUUCUACGUUUUUAUUGUUUACGGCUAGCUGGCAGGCUAGUUGCUUGUGCGCUUGCUCUCUCUACAUUGUUUUCCAUGCGAAUUCCCUACGACGUCCCCGUAUCGUUCAGCUCAGCCGCGUGACCGGAUCGAUCCUUGGCUAUCCGGCUGAAAGAAGUGCCUUUACCGUGACUUCA